CUGCGGCGGCGGCGGCGGCGGCGGCGGCGGCGGGGGCGGCCGGCGGGCGGCCGGGGCCGGGACGAUGACUCUGGAGUCCAUGAUGGCGUGUUGCCUGAGCGAUGAGGUGAAGGAGUCCAAGCGGAUCAACGCCGAGAUCGAGAAGCAGCUGCGGCGGGACAAGCGCGACGCCCGGCGCGAGCUCAAGCUGCUGCUGCUCGGCACGGGCGAGAGCGGGAAGAGCACGUUCAUCAAGCAGAUGCGCAUCAUCCACGGGGCGGGCUACUCGGAGGAGGACAAGCGGGGCUUCACCAAGCUCGUGUAUCAGAACAUCUUCACCGCCAUGCAGGCCAUGAUCCGCGCCAUGGAGACCCUGAAGAUCCUGUACAAGUACGAGCAGAAUAAGGCCAACGCGCUCCUGAUCCGCGAGGUCGAUGUGGAGAAGGUGACGACGUUCGAGCAUCGGUAUGUCCACGCCAUCAAGACCCUGUGGGACGACCCUGGCAUCCAGGAGUGCUACGACCGGAGGCGCGAGUAUCAGCUCUCGGACUCCGCCAAGUACUACCUGGCCGACGUGGACCGCAUUGCCACCUCGGGCUACCUGCCCACCCAGCAGGACGUGCUGCGGGUCCGAGUGCCCACCACCGGCAUCAUCGAGUACCCUUUCGACCUGGAGAACAUCAUCUUCAGGAUGGUGGACGUGGGGGGGCAGCGGUCCGAGCGGAGGAAGUGGAUCCACUGCUUUGAGAACGUGACGUCCAUCAUGUUCCUCGUGGCCCUGAGUGAGUACGACCAAGUGCUGGUGGAGUCGGACAACGAGAACCGCAUGGAGGAGAGCAAAGCCCUGUUCCGGACCAUCAUCACCUACCCCUGGUUCCAGAACUCCUCGGUCAUCCUGUUCCUCAACAAGAAGGACCUGCUGGAGGACAAGAUCCUGCACUCCCACCUGGUGGACUACUUCCCGGAGUUCGACGGGCCACAGCGGGACGCCCAGGCCGCCCGGGAGUUCAUCCUGAAGAUGUUCGUGGACCUGAACCCCGACAGCGACAAGAUCAUCUACUCCCAUUUCACAUGCGCCACCGACACGGAGAACAUCCGCUUCGUGUUCGCGGCCGUCAAGGACACCAUCCUGCAGCUCAACCUGAAGGAGUACAACCUCGUGUGACCUCGCCGCGGCCGCCCGAGGGAAGAGGGGGAGCCCCAGGCGGGCCCCUCCUUGGGGCGCCGCGCCCGGCCGGCUGUCCCGGCUCCGCCCGCAGACCGGUUGAUUUCGUUUUCAUAUUUUUAACAAAUGGUUUUUAUUUCACAGUUAUCAGGGGACGUACGUCUUUCUUUCUUACACCUCGUGCACCUUCUCACCUGUGUCAGCGGCAAGGCCGCCUUUUCUUGGCCUUGACUCGGGGCUCGCUUUUUUCUAAAAAAAUAAAA